UUGGUGUGGUGGAUGGGGUAGACGCGUCUUGUUCGGUCAGUUGGGAUGACGUCGAGGGUGGCAGGCUCGUCCCCGGGCUGGGUGAGGCGUGAGUGGCAUUCUAGAAGGAUGGAGGCGGGGAGUGGAAAGCGUCACCCCUCGACGAUAUAACGGAUAUGGAUAUCUCAUCGGACAAGGCUGUAUUCUGAUUGGCCGUGCAGUCGACCUGUGUGUGUAAAUCUUCCCCCAGCAUCAACACCACGGCGGACAUAUUUCCGUCGACAUCUACCGCUCCCCCCCACCUGGACCCAAUUCGCGCCCACCUGGAACCACACCACGACAACACCGGCGUCGACGGCUCCCCCCAACCCCAACCGUCGUCUGCUCAUCUGGCCCGGCUAGAGGCGUGCCCGACUAGCCCCAUGGAGGACCAACUAGUGCAGCUGCUCGCCGCGACGCAGACGGCGCAGGAGACGCCGCGCAAGCAGGCCGAGCAGCAACUGCUCUCGCUGUACGGCCACGCCGAGCUGCCCCUCGGCCUGGUGGGCAUCGCCGGCCACGACGGCGUGCCGCUGCACAUCCGCCAGGCGGCGCUGCUGGCCCUCAAGCAGCUGGUGCUGGCCGGCUGGAGCGACAGCUUCGACGAGCACCAGGGCCGCGUGCUGGUCGCCGACGAUACCAAGCCCGCCCUCCGCCAGCGCCUGCUCGACCUCGCCACGACCGACCAUGUCGACCGCAAGCUGCGCGCCGCCGCCGCCCUGGUCGUCAGCAAGAUCGCCGCCGCAGACUACCCCGACCAGUGGCCCGGCCUGCUCGACUACCUGCUGCGCAUGAUGCCCGCGGCGUCGGACGGCCAGCUGCACGGCGCGCUGAAAGUGCUGGGCGAGCUGGUCGACGACUGCUUCAACGAGGCGCAGUUCCUCGCCGUCGCGCCCCAGCUCGUCAAGGUGCUGUUCGACGUGGCCGUCAACGACCAGCGCAAGCCCACGCUGCGCGCCUUUGCCUGCAGCGUCUUCCGCGCCUGCUUCGACAUCCUGGAGAUGAUCAUGGAGGACCACAAGGCGGCCGUCAAGGCCUUUGCGGACGAGAUCCUGCAGGGCUGGCUGCCCUUCUUCAUCGCCGUUAUGAAGACGACGCUGCCCGCCCCGCCGUCGGAGCAGGACGAGAACGACGAGGCCGCCCCCGCAGAGACGUACAAGGGCCUUGUCGCCCUCAAGCUGCAGGUCGUCAAGAUCCUCAUGCGCAUCCGCUCCGUCUUCCCCGCCGUGCUCUCGCCCCACAGCUUGCUCCUCUUCCAGGCUACGUGGGAAGAACUGUCCGCUCUGCAGCCCGCUUACACGCUCAUGUACAUCCAGGAGGAGCGCCAGAGCCGCCUCGAAGACGCUGACGGCCUGCCCUAUACGCUCGACUUCCUCGUUCUAGAAGAGCUCGACUUCAUGCAGGCUUGUCUGCGCGCGCCCCCGGUCCGCGCCCAGCUGCAGCAGGAGCUGCAGAACCAGACGCCUGAGAACUCUUGGGUCACCGAGGUUAUGAAGCUCGCUGUGGCGUAUGCGCAGAUCACAACCGAGGAGGAGGGGCUUUGGGAUAUCGACGUCAAUGUCUUUCUCAGCGAGGAGACGAGCGUCACGGCAAAUUAUACCCCGCGCACUGCUUGUGGUGAUCUGGUUAUUAAGCUUGGGGAAUGGCUCACGGAGCCGACUAUCAACGGCCUGUUGACGUACACGCGCGCAUUGUAUUCUGCCGCCAAUGGCUGGAAGGCAAAGGAGGCUGCCCUGUACGUCCUGAACCAGCUGCUCAGCGACUUUCAGGAUGCAGACAAGCAGAUUAGUCCAGACGUCGCGAGUGGGUUUGUAGACUUCAUCCGCUACGCCAUGCAGCAGCCCGAUGCAUUCCUGCGGGCGCGCGGGUAUCUGGUUGCAGGGAGCCUGACAAGAACGUCUGGCGACGCCCUGCAGCAACUCGCCUCGUCCUUUCUUGAAGCUUCGCUACAGGCUAUUCCAAAUGAUGAGUCGGAUGUGGUUCAGGUCUCGUGUAUCCGCGCUAUGCAGUAUUAUCUGCAGGCUCUCCCGCGCGCUGUUACGCUGCCCCUGCAGAGCGCUAUCAUUGCGGCUAUCAGCAAUUAUCUCGCCACGCAGGACUUGCAGGAACUUGCGGAGAGCGACGAUCUUACUGUUACCCUGGUCGAGACGCUUCGAGACGCUAUCCUCAUCGACACGCGGAUAUGCAUUACUGGCGAUGGUCUGGAUCUGCUGUUCCGCGUCGCCAGCCACUGCGCCAAUAACUUCCAACUCACGAUGCUGGUCAACGAGACGUUUGAAGAGGUGACGCAGUCGAUUGCUCAGAUGGGCGGAGAUGCGUACGUCAACUUGUGCGCAAAGGUCCUCCCAUCCCUUACUGGCGCUUUCGACGUGGGCAAUCUCACCGAGGAGAACAAUCUGACAACGCUGGCUGCCGACCUCCUCACUGUUCUUGCUGAGCACGGCCCCGAGCCACUCCCAGCUGGCUUCGUUGCGACGACAAUGCCGAAACUCAACCGUCUUCUGCUCGGCGCGACGGACGAGGAACUAUUAAAGUCCGCCACCAUGGCAGUCAAGAACAUCAUCGCACACGACCACCAGCAGCUCUUCGAAUGGCGUGACGACAGCGGCAAAGCCGGGCUCGAAGUCGUCCUCAUCAUCAUCUCGCGCCUGCUCUCCGCGGCGUCCGACCACGCUGCGGGUGAAGUCGGUGUUCUUGCCGCCGAGGUCGUGGAGAAGGCAGGCCAUGAACGGCUGGGUCCGUAUCUUGAGGAGCUGCUGAGAAGCGUUGCUGUGCGUCUUUACUCGGCGGAACAUGCGCCGUUUAUUCAGAGCUUGACCCUGGUCUUUGCAAGACUGAGUCUGAAUCAUGCUGCCGAGGUGGUGGAGUUUCUGGCCAUGCAGGAUAUUGCGGGUCAGAAUGGACUGCAGGUUGUGCUCGCGAAGUGGUUGGAGAACUCGAUUAAUUUCGCGGGGUAUGAUGAGAUUCGACAGAAUGUCAUCGCGCUCUCGAAGCUGUACGAUCUAAAGGACCCGCGCCUCGCGGCUAUCCAAGUAAAAGGUGACCUUAUCCCCAACACAGACGGCCGCAUCAUGACGCGCAGUCGGGCAAAGAAAAACCCAGACCGCUACACCACCACCCCCGCGACCCUCAAAAUCCUCAAAGUCCUCAUUGUAGAACUCCAAUCCGCAUCCGGCACCUCCCUCGACGCAACCGCCGCCGCCGACCUCGCCACCUCCUCCAACAACGCCGAUGACGCCUCCGACGCAGCCUCCGACGACGACGCAGACGCCGACUGGGAAGACGAACCGAACCCGUUCCUCGACCUCGGCAGCACCUUCAGCAAAGAACAACUCAUGGCUUUUGCGGACGAGGGGCCGGGGUCGGGCAGGCAGCGCGAUGAUGAGACGCAGGGGUUUAUUGUGGAGUUUUUUAGGAGGGUGGCGGGGGAGGAGGGGUUUGCAGAGGUGUUUGGGGGGUUGAGUGAGGGGGAGAGGGGGAGGUUGCGGGAGUGUGUUUCGUAG